AUGGAGCUCAUCCAGGACUUCGGGCCCUCGGACCCGCCGGGCCAGGCUCAAACAUUCGGUCUGACGGGCGCCGGGUCUUUGAACGGGGGCGCGAAGAAGCGCGGCCGCGGGUCCGGUGGCCCGAAGACGCUCUUCGCGAACAAGAUCAACGCGUCCCAGAGCCCGUCGUCGGCGAGGCCCUCGCCGCGGCCCGCCGCGCCCGCCGCGAAGAUCCCGAAGAAGGCCGCGCGGCCGGCGGCGCCCGCGCGGCCCCCGGCCGAGGCCCGCGCCCGGGACGCGGACUGCGAGAGCCAGGAGGCCGUGCUCGGGCUGCUCGACACGCUCGAGGAGAUCGACGUCGCGCGGGCGGACGAC